AAUAAUAAAUAUAAGAUUGACACAAUGUUAAUCAAGACAAUUUGUUUCAUUUUCCAGAAAACUUGGUCUCAGGAGGGAUGUCAAGUGCAUCAAACCGCAUGAAUUCUUUGGAACAAGACACACAAACAGAACAGCCUCCUCCUGUUCAACUUGGUCCAAGUCACAUUCCGCAAAAUCGCUUUGAGCCAUAUUUCGACGCCAUGACACCUCGCAAUGUCACUGCACUUGUCGGAAAAUCAGCGUAUCUAAGUUGUAGGGUGCGAAAUUUAGGAAAUAAAACGGUGUCCUGGAUUCGACAUCGUGAUAUUCACAUAUUGACAGUUGGAAGUUACACUUAUACAAGCGACCAAAGGUUCCAAGCCAACCAUCAUAUCGAAACUGACGAAUGGACCUUGCAAAUUAAAUGGGCACAAAAACGGGAUGCUGGGAUUUAUGAGUGCCAAAUCAGUACUCAACCUGUGAGAAGCUACUUUGUUAAUUUGAAUGUUGUUGAAGACACUGGCGAAAAACCUGUCCAAGAUGAGAGCUACAAAUGCAAUUGCACCUGUCCACAAACAACGAGAUUUGAUCCACGACCGCCUAAUUCUGGUCAACCAGUGCCCACAGCUCAAAUUUUAGGAGGUCCAGACUUGCACGUCGACAAAGGCAGUACCAUAAAUUUAACUUGCUCUAUCAAAUUCAGUCCAGAACCACCAGCCUACAUAUUUUGGUAUCAUCAUGAUGACGUUAUAAGCUACGAUUCGAGCAGGGGUGGCGUGAGUGUUAUAACCGAGAAGGGCGAUGUAACAACAAGUUUCCUAUUAAUUCAACACGCUGACAUAUCGGACUCUGGAAAGUAUUCUUGCAGCCCGUCCAAUGCAGAUGUGGCUAGCGUCAGAGUACACGUCCUGAACGGUGAAAGGCCGGCAGCAAUGCAAACGGGUUCAGCAAGACUCUCGAAAAGUUCUCUCAAUAUUGUUGCACUUCUAAUUAUCUCUUACGUUUAUCAAAUGUGCACCUACAGCCAGUGCCCGAUUCUUAGUGCUAGCAGGUAGCUAUUCUGCCUCUUUUUUAAUUUGAAUCUGUAAAUAUUUUUUUAAAUUAUAAUGUGAAGACUAUCCCAUAGACAGAAUUUUAAAAGGGUGUUAAAUUGAUGAAUCAAGUAGAUACAAGAAAAAAAAAUACACACUCACACUAUUCCACAGAUAAGUAUAAAACAAGGGCGAUUUUAAGGCCGUCUGGGUUGUGAAAUGGGGUUAUCAAACAAUGUUAAGGAUGCAGAUAUUUUUUUAUAAUUAAACUGGCUGAAUAUUCCUUAACUUCGUUCGGUCAUUAUUUUGGAUUUGAUGAAGAAAAUUGGAAAGGUCACAUACAAACACGUCAAUGUAUCUAUUGGGAAAAACAACUAUUUAUGUAAAAAUGAAAUCGAGUAUUACAGCUUUUUUUUGAUACCCUAUAUUUUACAUUAAAAAGAUACAAAUCGUUUAUAUGCAGCUCAGGAUUUUUUUAUAAGGGGCAAAGAGAAAAUAGGUAAUAUUAUUCUCUCACUCUUACUAAAACAUCUCUGGCAUCACAUCUAAAAUUAAUAUUUUUUUGAGUUUGAAGUAGAAUAAAUACUAAACUGUUUUGAUCUAAGAAUAUGGUUAUAUGAACCAAAAAUUUGUAUUGAAAAAAGGGAGAUUUUUCGAAAACUCAAAUGAACAUUACUUUGCAAUGAGACCUUGAAAUUAAAAAAAUAUAUAUAUUUAAGGUUGAUAAAACGAAAUCCAGCCCUAAAAUACUUUACCAAUAUUAGGGAUUUUUGAGGGGGUGGUUUUAUAGAGUAGGUAGUUAAAAGAAGCGACUAAAUUUUAAUGGUAAUAGUUGCCUUUCUCAACGAUGUUGCCAUUUCCAAUUCAUUCUAAAUUCGAGAAAAUCGUAGAGGUUAGAGGUUUCGCCUUGCAAAACUUCAAAAAUUUAAAAGCAAAAGAAUUUGCUGAAGGAAAUAAUAAAUAAUCAGGAUAGCAGAGAAAAAAAAUUUAUUUACUCUCCGGAGCCAAACAUAGAAAAUAUUUUCUGGAAUCGUGUAACUUAUAUUUUCUCACCUUUUUGAGCCUAAAAAAAUAUUGUUUGAACACCCCAUGAAAAAAAAAAAUUGCCCAAAACCCUUCCCCAAUUAAAGUUUUUGUAAUUUAUUUUAUAAGUUCCGCAAUUAUUGUACAUAGGAACAUAUUUUAAAUAAUGAGAAUGUUAAUAUAAAUUGAAAUUAUUAGGCUGAUUGCAGAGGUUCAAUACAUCGUACUCAACAAAACUGAAAUAUUUCACAAUAAAACUAACCUUUUGGGUCAAAAUCGAAUUGUAACGAAAAAUUUGUAAAAAAAAAUAUUGUUAUAAAUUAUUGUAAACGCUGUAAAAACUUUUAGGCAGUAGCUAAUAUUUUCGACUUAAGAAAAUAUUUUUUUUAUAUUUUUGAAAACUGACCUGAUGCGAUGUGACUUUUGGAAAGGGUGACUUUAGCAAAUAGAUAGGUGAUAGAGAUAUGAAAAAAAGACAAAAACUAAUGACUCAUAGGAAAUAAUUUUGUGAAUAUAAUGUUCCUAUCAGUUUAUCAUAAAAAGUUUACAAAAUUGAAAUCUUAAAUCACAUUAGAGAAUAAGUUUCCAUAACUUUUUGUACUUUGAAAACUAAAAAGCUCACCAAAGCUACACUCCGAAUUUAACUAAGUACCUAUAUAUAUUUGCUAAUUAGAAACUUUUUAUGGUAAUCUUUUAUGACAGGAUUUAUUAGAUUUUUUAAAAUAAUAUAAUUAAUGUGGUAAUAAAUAGCAUAAAACUAAUUGAUAAACAAUCAACGAAGCUUGAUUUUAAAGUGGAAAAGAGAAAAUGCGUUUCGAUGUAGAAUUGAGAAGAAUGUAGGUAUCUUUAUGCAGCCCUUCUUGUACAGUUAUUGAAGAUGGCUAAUCGAUGUAAAUAUAGUUGUUACUUUGCUUGUUCAGUGCCUGUUAAACAUUAAAUUUGUUUUUAAUCUAUGAUUCAAGUUUCAAUUUUUUAAAAAUAUAUAUAUAUAUGUCAGUCUUAUAUUUUGGCACUGUACGUAUUUCGUACAAGUAGUAUACAAGGUACCUGAUUUCAAAAUUUAAAAAAAAGUAAAACAUUUUGAAUUUGAAUUUUGUCACAGCAAUAGUUACCAAAAAGAUCAACCUUUGUGUUUUUUAUGAAAAAUGAAAGACAUAAUAAUUAUGAAGAAGAACAUACAAAAAAAAAAAUGGAAAAUUAGGUACUUUUACCUUCAUUGGUAACUAUUGCAUAAAUAUUUCAUUAUUUGGUCCAGGUUUCAAUUUUUUAGCAUUACAGUAUGAAAGUUUGAAAUAAAUGUUAAUGGUAACAUUAUAAUUUUUAACCCUAAUGAAAUCACGCUACUAUAUGUAAGGAAUAUUAACUGUCGAAAUUAAAUAAAAAAAAAACUUAUAGAUGUGUGUAUUCAUGCAAAGUUUUCGUUUUCAUUACGACAUACAUACUUGUUAAUUAUACGUCUAAUAAAUGUUUUAAAAAUGUAAUUAUAUAAGAUCAGAAGUUUAAAAAUAUCUUAAAAAAAUGUGUAGUACCUAUAUGUAAUUUACCAACCCAAAAAAAAAUGUAAGAGUUUAAUAAAUACACAAAUAAUUUUAAAAAAAUAACUGUGUUUUGGAGACUUUUAUUACAUUCGAAAUAGCGCUAGGAAAGAAGAGGAUGAGCCCUACAGGAACUUAUUGCUCCAUGAUAUUUGGUACACUUAUUUACUCUUAUGAUGU